AUAUCCCCUGAUGGGAGCACUCUAACCCUGCGAAGUCUGAGGCCUGAGGACUCUGGGACUUACACCUGUCUGGCUGUCAGCCCUGCUGGCCAAGAGAGCAAGAUCUACACCCUCCUUGUACUGGGUCAGUUGUCUUUUAUCUACCUGUUAAACAACAUAUGUCCUAACUAAAUGACUACUGAGCUUCCCAGAGGCUAUCUGGACUCUUGGUAAUAAUUAUUGUGUAAUUCCCCAUAGUGCCCCCCUCUAUCUCGGGUGAGACCAGUGCCCCCAGAGAGGUGCAGACCACCCAGGACAGUGUGGUGACCCUGGAGUGCCAGGCAGCGGGUAACCCUCCACCUCAGAUGAGCUGGCUCAGGAAUGGACGCCCCCUGCUCCUCUCUCCCCGUACCCGCCUCCUCUCCGCAGACACCGUACUCAGGUAAGAUUAUAUACAUGGCAAAUGUCUAGUUUGGUUGCUCUCUCACAAAACUGACUUAAUGAAGGACUAAACAGGAUAUUGUUUUAGUAAUUGUGCCUGAGUUUCAGGUGAAGUGAAAGUGAAUGUGUGUGCCCUCUGUGUGUGUAUAGGAUCUCUCCAGUGCAGCUGUCAGACUCUGGGGUCUAUACGUGUGUGGCACGCAGUCGUGCUGGCCUCGCCGAGCUUAACUUUGAUGUACAGGUCCAAGGUACUAACCUAUACUCCCCACCUCCUUUUGAUGAAUACACCACUGAGCUCUAAGUGCUAUAUCUGUAAACUGAUGUCUGUCUGUCUGUCUGCCUGCCUGCCUGCCUAUCUCAGUUCCUCCAGGUGUGGACCGUGUGGAGCCUGUAAAGCCGGUCACAGUGGUGCGGGGGUCCCUGGUGACGCUGACCUGUGAGGCGCAAGGUGUCCCCCCUCCCUCCCUGAAAUGGCUAAAGGACGGCCAGCCCCUGUCCCUGCAUCGCAACCUCCUGCUUGACGGCCAGGAGACGCGGCUGCAGCUGCCUGACGUGGGGCUCUCCGACAGAGGCCUCUACAGCUGUGUGGCCAGCAACCAGGCUGGCAGCAGCACCAAGAGCUUCAACCUCACUGUGUUGGGUGAGCAGACAGAACAAACAUUCUCCAUUCACCCAAACAGCACCUACACACAGAUGAAAAGUUAAAGCUCCACUGAAGCAACAGGAAAGGGAUGUCAUGUUAAUAUGUGUUGCUUAACAAUGGUGUCAUUUUAUAUUCUUGUACAGAGCCUCCAAAGAUCUACAUCAGCUCUCCAGAGGAGUUAAUGGUGGCUGUGAACACUGCUCUGGAGCUGGAGUGUACUGCAGAGGGCGUCCCCACUCCUACCCUCAGCUGGCUCAAGGAUGGGCGCCCCCUACAGGGAGAUAGUGAGAUAGUACAGGAGGACGGACACUUCCUCAGGAUUACCAAAGUGAAAGUAAGUCACAAACGUAAUGAAACCGCAUUUAGUUGAUAUUCAGAACUCACUGCUGUAUUAUGGUGAACACCAGAUAAUACCAGAUAUAUCUCUGUUGUUAGGUGGAGGAUGCAGGUCUCUACACCUGUCUGGCUAGCAGCGCAGCAGGCGAGGAUGGAACGAACCACUGGGUCCGUGUUCAAGGUGUUACAUGUGUUUCCUAGCCAUAUUUUGUCAACCCUGCCAAUAGAUAACAAGGUACUUAUAAAUCAAAUCCUGAUCAUCAACGCUUGUCUCCCUGCUCCAGUUCCCCCAACUCUUCUUGGCUCUGAUGAUGUCAGAACGUUGUCAGUCCCAGCCAAAGGACAUCUGACUCUGGAGUGCCAGGCUGACAGUGACCCUCCACCUGACAUAGAGUGGUACAAGGACGACGUAAAACUACAGGUCAGACUGGACGUCAUGGAAACAGAGGGUGGCAGGAAUCACACAAUAUAGUACAUAACGUUAUUGGCUCGCUCUUUCUGUUUCCCUCUUUCUCCCUUUCUCUCCUGGUCCCAGCUGGGGGGUCGUAUCCAGAGGCUGGCCGGGGGUCAGUACCUGGAGAUCCAGGACGUUAGGCCUCAGGACAGUGGCCAGUACAGCUGUGUGGUCACCAACAUGGCUGGAAGCACCAACCUCUUCUUCACUGUGGAGAUCCUCUGUGAGUUGGUAACAUGAUGAGUUAGACAGAAGAUUGAGAUCAUGCAUUCAGUGAUAUGGAAUAGAUCUUCAGUAUAAACCUCAAUCAAUUAUAAUGUAUCUUUUCAUGUCUCUUUCCCCCCCCCAGUGCCACCAGUCAUCAGAGAGAGCAGCUCUGUGGUAACUGCUCAUAUCAGUCAGGAUGCAGUCUUGCCCUGUGAAGUAGAGGGGGAGGCCUCGCCUACGAUCCUGUGGAGGAAAGAUGGCAUCCCUAUAGGUCCUGACAACAACAAGUAAGGGCUUCCUGCUUUUUUGUUCCACUAACUUAGCUGAUAGAGGUUAUUGGGAUACUGUCUUUACACAUAAAGCAGAAUGUGCCAUCUUCUGUAUGACUGUAGAUUGUCAGGUGAGCUGACUGAUUGUGUGUGUCGUGUGUCCCAGGUACACCAUGCUGUCUGAAGGCUCUCUGCAUGUAAAGGCUGUUCAACUGAGUGAUGCUGGCCGCUACUACUGCACCGUGUCCAAUCAGGCCGGAUCAGAUCACCUUGGGAUGGACUUACACGUGUUUGGUAAAUAAAUACAACUCAAAGAAAAACAGAAUCACACCAUAAUACAGUAGAUUUACUUUUUUACAUUAACAUUUUGGAACAGGUGUUCAGCCAAUGCAUUAGAGUCAGAUUGGUUUGUAUGCCAUACAUAUCUCUCUGUCUUUCUCAUGUUGGGUCCCUGUAGUUGGUCCCUCGAUCAACCCUGGUCCCUUCAACGUGACGGUGACCACAGGGGUGAGAGCCGUGCUGAGCUGUGAGGCCACAGGUAUGCCUGCACCUAAAGUCACCUGGAAGAGGAACGGCACUCCCAUAGUCCUCAACCAGCAGCCUGGCACAUACAGGUACGUGAAGCAGAAUGACCUGUCCUCUGUGAAUUAUAACACAAUGGACGUAAAUACAAAGGAUUCAUUUUGAAGUAUUGUGUGUAACUUUGUUUUGUUUCAAGGUUACUCUCCUCUGGAUCUCUGGUCAUUUCCUCUCCAUCCAAUCAGGAUGAGGGAUACUUUGAAUGCACAGCAGCCAAUGAGGUUGGAGAGGAGCGCAGUGUCAUUGAGGUCAUCCUACAAGGUAUUGUUGCUUUUAGUUCCUACUCCGACAUUUGUAGAAAGCCAUUUCAUCUAAGAUAAAAACAGACUGAGAUGUCUUCUCUCUUUCCCUUUAGUCCCCCCCACCAUUGAAGAUGACAUCACAACAGUCACUGCUAUCAAAAUGGCCCCUGUGGUGCUGCCAUGCCAUGCCCAGGGCCGCCCAGAGCCCAGUGUCAGCUGGACCAAGAGUGGAGCCAAGCUGGGCUCCCGAGGGGGGAGUUAUCGGGUCCUGCCCACAGGUAGGUCCAACUGCUGCUCAGAGUGUAACAUUGUGUUGUGGCCAUCAGUGAUUCUGUCAUGUUAGUACUUUGGUCUUCAUAGUUGUGGUACUGUACUGUUUGGACCCAGGGGUGCUGGAGAUUACAGCUGCUACCCUCAGUCAUGCAGGAAGGUACACCUGCUCUGCCCGGAACCCUGCAGGAGUGGCCCACAAACACAUAACUCUCACAGUGCAAGGUGGGUCCUCUGGUGGAUUGUUGUUGAGGUUAUACAGUAGUGGUUCAUGUUUUUGCUUUGUAACUCUCUAGUGUCUUUAUUUUACCAUUUAACAAUGGUUAGUCUGUAUGUGAUAAACCAUGUCAAUGGAUUUGCCCUCUCCCACAGAGCCCCCUGAGAUCAGGCCCAUGACAGAGGAAGUACAAGUAGUGUUGCAUCAUGGGACGGUUCUGCCUUGCGAGGUGCAAGGUUUCCCUCGACCCUCCAUCACCUGGCAACGAGAGGGUGUUCCCAUAUUAACUGGUGAGAAUGUCCUCUUUUAAAUGCUUGAUCCUGUGUGGCUCAGUUGGUAGAGCAUGGCUCUUGCAAUGCCAGGGUUGUGGGUUCGAUUCCCACGGGGGACCAGUACAAAUUAAAAUGUAUGCACUCACUACUGUAAGUUGCUCUGGACAAAUGCUAAAAGACUAACAUUUUAAAUUUAAAAAAUAAUCAGGAUUCAAGCCAUUAUAUAACACAAUGGACACAUACUCUGCUGCUUCAGAAUAGUGAUGUCUUCUUUCUAUGGCUCUACAGGUCACAGACUGGCUCUCCUCUCAAAUGGAGCUCUGAAGUUCUCUCGGGUCACACUGGGUGAUGCGGGCACUUACCAGUGCCUGGCACAGAAUGAAGCUGGCACAGCAAUGGGAAGGACACGGCUAGUGCUGCAAGGUAACACACUACACCUCUACAGAGCAUAGACAUUUUGUCCAAAAAGCAUGGAGGCACGUGUUGAUACUUAGUUGAAUGCUUGUGGGCCCCAUAGAAAUUAAGAAAUGCAUAUCUCAAUAGUGAAAGGUUCAACUAUGUGUGAUGGUGUUGCUCCAGUUCCUCCAGUACUGAGUGUUCCACGUGUGGAGUACACGGCCGUGCUCGGCCAGCCAGUGAGCCUGGAGUGUGUGGCAGACGGGCAGCCCCAGCCAGAGGUGUCCUGGCACAGGGAACGCAGGCCCGUCACAGAGGGGGCACACAUACAGCUCUUUGCCAACGGCACCCUGAGGAUCGCGGCCUCACAACGCAGUGAUGCUGGCCUGUACACCUGCUCUGCCAAAAACCUCGCUGGCAGGGCCAGCCAUGACAUGAGGCUUGUCAUAAUGAGUGAGUGGAUAGGAACUGAGGGCAUGAGACAGAUUUAACCGUAAUUUAACCUGACAUUAGGAAUAACAGUGUCUCAUAGAAUGGCGUAACUGAUUUGCCGGUAAUAAACUGAGUCUCUCUUUCUUCUAGUCCCGCCCAUGAUUCCUGCUGGUCAGCCAGAGCUGUCUGUCAUCCAGGGCUUCCAGGCCUUGUUGCCGUGUGCGGCUCAGGGUUCGCCAGAGCCAAGGGUGUCAUGGGAGAAGGACGAUAACACCGUGCCCAACCUGCCUGGCAAAUUUACUGUUCUGCGAUCAGGAGAGCUGAUCAUUGAGAGGGCAGAGGUCAGAGAUACAUUUCUACUUUACAAUGUAUAAUCAAGGUGAUUUAGGUGAAGGUUCUGAUCAAUGUUUUGGCCCUUGUAGCCAGGUGAUGGUGGUGUGUUCACCUGUGUGGCCACCAAUACAGCAGGCACAGUGAGACAGGACACCCGCCUGUCCGUCAACAUGAGGCCCGCCUUCAAAGAGUUACCUGGUGACGUGACCCUGAACAAAGGCCAAAGUCUCAGCUUGUCUUGCCACGCCCAGGGCACCCCUAUCCCUGUCAUCUCCUGGACCGCUAACAACAGCCCCUAUCCAGGUACACCACUGCCCUCCACAGGCUCCAUGUUCUGUUAUGAUUGAUAUUAUGUAGUCAUAGGUAUAUACAGUGCAUUCGGAAAGUAUUCAGACCCCUUGACUUUUUCCAAAUUUUGUUACGUUACAGCCUUAUUCCCCUCAGCAAUCUACACACAAUACCCCAUAAUGACAAAGCAGAAACAGUUUUUUUGAAAUAUUUGCAAAUGUAUUUAAAAAAAAAACUAAAAUAUCACAUUUACAUAAGUAUUCAGACCCUUUACUCAGUACUUUGUUGAAGCACCAUUGGCAGCGAUUACAGCCUCGAGUCUUCUUGGGUAUGACGCUACAAGCUUGGGAGACCUGUAUUUGGGGUUCUUCGCUCCAGUCUGAGGUCCUGAGCGCUCUGGAGUAGGAUCAUCAAGGAUCUCUCUGUUCAUCUUCCCCUCGAUCCUGACUAGUCUCCCAGUCCCUGCUGCUGAAAAACAUCCCCACAGCAUGAUGCUGCCACCAUGCUUCACCGUAGGGAUGGUGCUAGGUUUCCUCCAGACGUGACGCUUGGCAUUCAGGCCAAAGAGUUCAAUAUUUUUAUUUUUUAUUUUAUAAAGCAAAGCAGUGCGAUAAAAAACAACAACACAGAAUUACAUAUGGAAUAAACAAAAACAAAACGUACAGUCAAUAACACAAUAGAAAAUAUAUAUACAGUGUGUGCAAAUGUAGUAAGUUAUGGAGGUAAGGCAAUAAAUAGGCCAUAGUGCAAAAUAAUUACAAUUUAGUAUUAACACUGGAGUGAUAGAUGUGCAGAAGAUGAUGUGCAAAUAGAGAUACUGGGGUGCAAAUGAGCAAAAUAAAUAACAAUGUAAAUAACAAUAUGGGGAUGAGGUAGUUGUUGGGCUAAUUACAGAUGGGCUGUGUACAGGUGCAGUGAUCGGUAAGCUGCUCUGACAACUGAUGCUUAAAGUUAGUGAGGGAGAUAAGUGUCUCCAGCUUCAGAUUUUUGCAGUUCGUUCCAGUCAUUUGCAGCAGAGAACUGGAAGGAAUGGUAGCCAAAGGAGGUGUUGGCUUUGGGGAUGACCAGUGAGAUAUACCUGCUGGAACGCAUACUUAAGGUGGGUGUUGCUAUGGUGACCAAUGAUCUAAGAUAAGGCGGGGAUUUGCCUAGAAGUGAUUUAUAGAUGACCUGGAGCCAGUGGGUUUGGCGACGAAUAUGUAGUGAGGACCAGCCAACGAGAGCGUACAGGUCACAAUGGUGGGUAGUAUAUGGGGUUUUGGUGACAAAACGGAUGGCACUGUGAUAGACUACAUCCAAUUUAGUUGGAAGCUAUUUUUAAAUGACAUCGCCGAAGUCAAGGAUCGGUAGGAUAGUCAGUUUUACGAGGGCAUGUUUAGCAGCAUGAGUGAAGGAGGCUUUGUGUCAUGAACUCUGAUGCGGAUGUGGUGCGAAUCAAUAGCAGGACACAGGAGCUCAGAUUAAUCCAGACUUUACUAGAAAAUCCAAAAUGAUAACACGGGUCAAACAACCCGGAGGCGAAACAUACGCCACAGUGCGUAAAGUACUCCCAAACCGAACUGGGCACGAACAAUAGUGCGACGGUAAAACAAAGAGAGUCUAGCAAACAGCACUGCACCAAGCGACAGGAAAACAAUUACACACAACACAAGACAGAAACCACAAGAACUUAUAGGACACAUAAUCAACACUAAACAUGAACAGGUGUACUAAACAGACCAAACCAAUCAAACAUAGAAAACAAAGAACGGUGGCAGCUAGUACUCCGGAGACGACGACCGCCGAAGCCUGCCCGAACAAGGAGGAGGAGCAGCCUCGGCCGAAACCGUGACACUUUGUUGCGAAAUAGGAAGCCAAUUUUUUAUUUAACUUUGGUUUGGAGAUGCUUAAUGUGAGUCUGGAAGGAGAGUUUACGCUCUAACCAGACACCUAGGUAUUUGUAGUUGUCCACAUAUUCUAAGUCAGACCCGCCGAGAGUAGUGAUUCUAGUCAGGCGGGCGGGUGCAAGCAGCGUUCGAUUGAAGAGCAUGCAUUUAGUUUUACUAGCGUUUAAGAGAAGUUGGAGGCCACGGAAGGAGUGUUGUAUGGCAUUGAAGCUCGUUUGGAGGUUUGUUAACACAGUGUCCAAUGAAGGGCCAGAUGUAUACAAAAUGGUGUCGUCUGCAUAGAGGUGGAUCUGAGAGUCACCAGCAGCAAGAGCGACAUCAUUGAUAUACACAGAGAAUAGAGUCGGCCCGAGAAUUGAACCCUGUGGCACCCCCAUAGAGACUGCCAGAGGUCCAGACAACAGGCCCUCCGAUUUGACACAUUGAACUCUAUCUGAGAAGUAGUUGGUGAACCAGGCGAGGCAGUCAUUUGAGAAACCAAUCUUGGUUUCAUCAGACCAGAGAAUCUUGUUUCCCAUGGUCUGAGAGUCCUUUAGGUGCCUUUUAGAGAGUCCUUUAGGUGCCAACUCCAAGUGGGCUGUCAUGUGCCUUUUACUGAGGAGUGGCUUCCGUCUGGACACUCUACCAUAAAGGUUGGAUUGGUGGAGUGCUACAGAGAUGGUUGUCCGUCUGGAAGGUUCUCCCAUCUCCACAGAGGAUCUCUGGAGCUCAGUCAGAGUGACUAUCGGGUUCUUGGUCACCUCCCUGACCAAGGCCCUUCUCCCCAGAUUGCUCAGUUUGGCUGGGUGGCCAGCUCUAGGAAGAGUCUUGGUGGUUCCAAACUUCUUCCAUUUAAGAAUGAUAGAGGGCCACUGUGUUCUUGGGGACCUUCAAUGCUGCAGACAUUUUUGGUACCCUCUCCCCAGAUCUGUGCCUCGACAAUUCCUUCGACCUCAUGGCUUGGUUUUUGCUCUGACAUGCACGGUCAACUGUGGGACCUUCCCAUCAAUUGAAUUUACCACAGGUGGACUCCAAUCAAGUUGUAGAAACAUCUCAAGGAUGACCAAUGGAAACAGGAUGCACCUGAGCUCAAUUUCAUGUAUCAUAGAUAAGGGUCUGAAUACUUACGUAAAUAAGGUAUUUCUUUUUUUACCUGUCAUUAUGGGCUAUUGUGUGUAGAUUGAUGAGGGUAUCUUUAAAAAAAAAAAUCAUUUUAGAAUGAGGCUGUAACGCAACAAAAUGUGGAAAAAGUCGAGGGGUCUGAAUACUUUCCGAAUGCACUGUAGUAAUAAUGAUCUUGAUUGUUGCAAACGUGUCUCUCUCUCUCUCUCUCAGGUUCCAGUGUGGAUGAGGCAGGCAGAAGCUCCUUGGUCAAAGAGAAUGUGACCAUGAGUGAUGCGGGAACCUAUGUGUGCCUAGCAGAGAACAGUGUGGGCACCAUUAGAGCGCUCUCAUUUGUCCGCAUCAGAGGUGAGCACUUUGAAGACAUGACCAGAGUUUAGACUGUUUCUAUUUGUAUUACUAUUGUUCUAUUUGUUUAUAGGGGUACACUGUAUGUAAGGGAUGUGUUAUGGUCAUGUCUCCUUAGAACCUCCAGUUUUGAAGGGAGAGGCCCGCACCUCUCAGACUGUGGCCCAGGGUGGCACAGCCAUGCUGGACUGUCCUGUCCAUGGAAACCCCAGUCCUGUCCUCCGCUGGCUCCAUGACGGCAGACCCCUUCUCCGCUCCCUUCGCCUGCAACCCCUCCAUAAUGGCUCCCUGGCCAUCUACAGCAUCACGGUAAACACAGCCCUGCACCUGCCCCACCUGUCCCAUCUGCCUCCCUCAGAAAUAUUUUUAUCCAGUGUUAGUUGAAUUUGAGAGUUCAUAUCUUGAGUAAAAAAUGUCUGUACAAGAAAUUAUGAACAUUUUUGAAGUCAGCUUAAGAGUGAGAGGAUGGACCACUGACUGCAGUCAAUCUGCACUCCAUCUGCAGUCCUGAGUCAUGGAACGUUGUGUGACCUAACUGCAGUGUGCCAGUCUGGCCUUAAUCAGAUUGGCGUGAGUUCAGUCAGAGCCUAAUAGUAUUAGCUAGAGAGGGAGUGAGAGGGAGCUCAGAUAUGGAUGUUCCCAGGCUCUCUCCCUGUUCUGCCGGCUGUAACGUUAACUUUGUUACCUUUAUAAUUGAUGCUGUAAUAGUACACCCUGCAGCUGACACUUUCUCAAAGACAAAUGGUUAUUCUUCUCACAGAGAGCUCUAAUGUGAUACUUCCUCUCUUUCUGGUGUCAUAAUGACAGUUAUUGCAAACAAGCUAAUGGAAAAACCUUAUGCUUUACUUUUUAGAAAAUGUCAGCUGUUAAAUAUGUUAAUGAGGGAUGUAAGUUCCAUUAAAAAAUCAGAAAUAUGCAACAGAAAAAAAAGUUAAAGCAGUCUAUGGAACAAAUAUGUUUACUGUAGAGUUGACUGACGGACUCAAAGAAUACUCAAACAGGGCUUCUUAGGACGGCAAUACUUUAUUCAGCAGCAUUCAUCAGUACACCAUACAUCAGCAUAUGGAAACGUAUUUCUGACCAGUCAGUAAGCUGACACACCCUUUUAGAAACUUUGAAACAGGGCUGGCCCUAAAAGGCUCAUCCCUCGGUCCUCAUACCAGAUUGUUAGUUCAUUGAAGGAUAUAAUGCUAACCGGUAAUGAUGAUCAGUUUGGAAGUCAAGAUCAUCUGUUUUCUUUUAUUUUAGACAUACACAAAGUUGAUACAGAGGAUUAAACAAAGAUGUUUUAAGACAUCAGCUUGAUUUAUAAAUGUCAUAGUUAAUAAUUGCCCAAUUAAUACAGGUCAUUGUUAGUAUAUAAAUUCACAAUCUUCACGCACACUACACACUCACAUUUAGCUGAACCCUUCAUUACCACUGGGGUAAUGUCACUACAUUCUAUGAUGUUAUUUGGAAGAGUGAAAAGAUGAGGGUCCCCAACAGCUUAUCGAACAAUAAUAAUGUGUUUGUGUUAAAUGUGUUUAUGCCAUAAUAUGUCUAUCUGUCCCCAUCGGUGUCAGAGAGGAGAUGCAGGGGAGUACCAGUGUGUGGCUGAGAGUGAGGCUGGAGUUGCUGAGAGAACCGUCUCUCUCAAAGUACAGAGUAAGUGAUGUGUGGACCAUGAACACAGUCACACCAACAUCCUUCUACUGUUGUGAAAAUAUUAAAUAGGAGUAUUCUUAAAAUUACACACAAGGCCACACAAGAAAAUUAAACCUUCUGUCGCGUUCAACUCUGGUCAAGAAAAGCAAUGGAUUGUUUAUUUCAUUCUCUAAAUGGAUUCUUGCUCUCUCUCUCUCUCUAUCUCUCUCUCUCUCUCUCUCUCUCUCUCUCUCUCUCUCUCUCUCUCUCUCUCUCUCUCUCUCUCUCUCUCUCUCUCUCUCUCUCUCUCUCUCUCUCUCUCUCUCUCUCUCUCUCUCUCUCUCUCUCUCUCUCUCUCUCUCUCUCUCUCUCUCUCUCUCUCCUGCCACAGUUAAGGGAGGGUACUCUAACUGGGAGGAGUGGGGCCCAUGCAGCACCACGUGUGGACGAGGUGUUCAGGAGCGAAUCAGGUUAUGCAACAAUCCAGAGCCGGUCAAUGGGGGGCGAUCAUGUGACGGUCCCAGUAUGGACUCCAGAAGAUGUCAGACUGGACUCUGUCCAGGUACGGCUGAUUGAACUGGUCUCCUGUCACUCCAAACAAAUGCUGCUGAAUUUAACAAUGGAAUGAUAUUAUGUAAAUAAAAAAUGUAGUACUAUAGUUAAAUUAAUGUGUACUUAGUCCCCUCUCUCUCUUUCUCUCUCUCUCACCCUCUCUCGUUCUCCCCCCCAUCUCUCUCUAUAUUUGGUUACUGAAGGGGAGGCCCCUCGUAAGGCCAGGGGAAGCCUGAUAGGGAUGGUGAAUGAUAGGGAGUUUGGGGUGUCGUUCCUGGAGGCUAACAUCACAGAGAACCUAGAGGAGGGAACCAGCACCCUUCAGGCCCACCUGGACAACAUCCCCCCUAGUGUGGGUUAGUAUGGGAGUGGGAGAGAUGUCUUACAAUAACCAGUAGGAUUCUGUUAGAAAUACCAAUCAAGUCAGUAACCUAGCCAAGUUGUGUAGACAUUGUGUGUAUAUCCCUCAGUCACUGUCAUUGAGAAUGUCUGUACCCUGACCUAUCAUACUCUUCUUAGAGGUAUUUCCAUAGAAGCUGUGGUCUUACUACUGAUGUUUUGCAGGUCCAUUGCUGCGAGCGCUCGUGUCUGUGUUUGCUCCCAUCUACUGGACCACAGUGCUGCAGACUGGAGCAGCCAGGAACGGCUACUCACUGACCCAGGGCCUGUUCAGACAGGAGUCCCAGCUGGAGUUUGACACAGGUCAGUACUGAAGAACAGAUACAAUUACAUCCUGCAAAAUAACCUGAAUUGUUUUAUUCUACUUUAAAUGUAGUCCUACAACAGUGUUUGUCACUACUGAACUGAAUUUUCAUUUAAAAUCUGUACAGGUGUAGGAUCUUAAUUGGAUCACCCUGUUGCAAGAAAUGUCCUGCACCGCAGGAAAUGCAAACUUGUAGUGUAUUCAAGGUUUAAACAGGCUUCUCAAGUUUAUAAUUUCCACUUUAACCCCCUAAAGUCCGUGCCCUCGCGGAUAUCGAAUUAGCAUAAUAAAUAAUCUAUCUGUUGUUCCAUGUAGUAAAUCUGUUAUUCAAUGCGUUUGAUACUUCAAGGGGUCUUAAAAUUCCAAAUCAAGUAGCAAAAUGAUCCCUUGUAUGACCUUCUUAAAACAAUUCCAUAUAUCUUAGUAGAACCCUUUCUUAGACAGGGAAUAGACCGUUAAUUUGCCCAAACUAAAAAUGGAUCAACCCCUACAUAAAUGUCCAUUAAUUAUAAUCAACACAAUAAUUCAAAUUUCCUCUUGCUGAAGGAUUAUUUUCUUGCCAUUAGAAAGUGGUCAAAUUAAGAUCCUAUAUCUGUACGUUGUAAGAGAACCAGCAGAGGGCAUAUUUCUCCAUGACUGCAUUUCAUUUUUGCUGACUUGAGAAUUCAGAUUCAAAGUCCUUUAUUGUCCACAAAUUUGUCCCAUUAAUACACAAGAACAGUGAAACACAACAACAGGUUCUCACAAAAACAUACAGUGCCUUCAGAAAGUAUUCAUACCCCUUGACUUAUUCCACAUUUAGUUGUUACAGCCUGAAUUCAAGAAACGUACAGAUUUUUUUCUCUCACCAAUCUACACACAAUACCCCAUAAUGACAAAGCGACAUGUUUUUAGAAAUAUUUGCAAAAUUAUUGAAAAUGAAAUACAGAAAUAUCUAAUUUACAUAAGUAUUCACACCCCAGAGUCAAUACUUUGUAGAAUCACCUUUGGCAGUGAUUACAGCUGUGAGUCUUUCUGGGUUCGUUUCUAAGAGCUUUCCACACUUGGAUUGUGCAACAUUUGCCCAUUUUAUUAUUUUCUAAAUUCUUCAAGCUCUGUCAAAUUGGUUGUUUAUCAUUGCUAGACAACCAUUUUCAGGUCUUGCCACAGAUUUUCAAGUAGAUUUAAGUCAAAACUGUAACUCGGCCACUCAGGAACAUUCACUGUCUUCAUGGUAAGCAACUCCAGUGUAGAUUUGACCUUGUGUUUUAGGUUAUUGACCUGCUGAAAGGUGAAUUCAUCUCCCAGUGUCUGGUGGAAAGCAGACUGAACCAGGUUUUCCUCUUGGAUUUUAACUGUGCUUAGCUCCAUUCAGUUUAUUUUUUAUCCUGAAAAACUCCCCAGUCCUUAACUAUUACAAGCAUAUCCAUAACAUGAUUCAGCCACCACUAUGGAGAGUGGUAAUAAGGAAUGGGUUGUAUUGGAUUUGCCUCAAACAUAACACUUUGUAUUCAGGACAAAAAGUUCAUUACUUUGCCACAUUAUUUGCAGUAUUACUUUAGUGCCAUGUUGCAAACAGGAUGCAUGUUUUAGAAUAUUUUUAUUCUGUACAGGCUUCCUUCUUUUCACUCUGUCAAUUAGGUUAGUAUUAUGGAGUAACUACAAUGUUGUUGAUCCAUCCUCAGUUUUCUCUUAUCACAGCCAUUUAACUCUGUAACUGUGUUAAAGUCACCAUUGGCCUCAUGGUGAAAUCCCUGAGUGGUUUCCUUCCUCUCCGACAACUGGGUUAGGAAGGACACCUGUAUCUUUCCAGUGACUGGGUGUAUUGAUACACCAUCCAAAGUGUAAUGAAUAACUUCACAAUGUGCAAAGGGAUAUUCAAUGUCUAUUUAUUAUUUUUUUAACCCACCUACCAAUAGGUGCCCUACUUUGCGAGGCAUUGGAAAACCUCCCUCGUCUUUGUGGUUGAAUCUGUGUUUGAAAUUCACUGCUUGACUGAGGGACCUUACAGAUAAUUGUAUGUGUGGGGUACAGAGAUGAGGUAAUCAAUCAAAAAUAAUGUUAAACACUAUUAUUGCACACAGAGUGAGUCCAUAAAACGUAUUAUUGACAUUUUAGUCAUUUAGCAGACGCUCUUAUCCAGAGCGACUUACAGUUAGUGAGUGCAUACAUUUUUUUUUCAAUACUGCUCCCCCGUGGGAAACGAACCAACUGAGCUACACGGGACUUGUUAAGCAAAGUUUUACCUCUGAACGUAUUAAGCCUUGCCAUAACAAAGGGGUUGAAUACUUAUUGACUCAAGACAUUUCAGCUUUUAAUUUUUAAUACAUUUGUAAACAUUUUGAAAAACAUAAUUCCACUUUGACAUUAUGGGGUAUUGUGUGUAGGCCUGUGACCCAAACAAUCUCAAUUUAAUCAAUUUUAAAUUCAGGCUGUAACACAACAAAAUGUGGAAAAAGUCAAGGGGCAUCCGGCGGGGAGGGGGGUGAAGACUACCACCUCAUGAACCAGGGCUUCAUGUGGACCAUCCCCUACAGACGGACAGGCCCUCUGGUUGGGAGACAGAUCUAUAGGUUUAGUGUGGAGGGUCUAGUGAAUGGCAGAUUUGACUACAGCUAUAAUAACUACCGGGUCACCAGCAUGCAGGCCAUGAUCAAUCAAUCUUCUCUUCCCAUUGACCUUUACCGUUAUGUUGAUGUGUCUGGAAGGAUUGAACAGUUUGGGAAAUUCAGUUUCAUAAACUAUGACCUCAAUCAAGUGAUCACUACACACAUCAUGAAGCACAAGAAGAUAUUUAAUGCCAACGGACAAGUGAUCGAGGUCCAGUAUGAGAUCCUGAAGUCUAGUGCAGUAUGACAACAUGGGUCGCAUCAUUAUCUGUGAAAUCAGUGGAGGCUGGUGGGAGGAGCUAUAGGAGGACGGGCUCAUUGUAAUGGUUGAAAUAGAAUAAAUGGAACGUAUCAAACAUAUGGAAACCACGUUUGACUCCGUUCCAUUUAUUCAAUUUCAGCCAUUACAAUAAGCCCGUCCUCCAAUAGCUCAUUACAUUUUACAUUUUAGUCAUUUAGCAGACACUCUUAUCCAGAGCGACUUACAGUUAGUGAGUGCAUACACUUUUUUCAUACUGCCCCCCCCCCAUGGGAAACAAACCCACAACCCAGGAUCAGUGUGAAUAACAACAUCACACGCUACUCAUACAAGUAUGAUGCUGAUAGUCCGCUUAUAGUUACGACCUUAAUUGCAAUAUUAAAAUACUGAGUCAUGGCAACAGUGCCAGACUAAUGCCAUUGUGCUACGACUUACAAGACCGCAUAACAAUUCAGUACAAAAUGGAUGAAGAUGGCUUUCUUCGCCUGCGGGGCAAUGUCAUGUUUGAUUACAACUCCAACUGACAGUGUCGGAGCGGAGUGUUCACUACCACUAUGACGGCCUGGGCAGGACCCGUGACGGCCCACAGCUCCAGUUCUUCUAUGCUGGCCUGACCAAACCGACCAGGGUGACCCACAUGUUCAACCACUCCAGCUUUGAGAUCACCUCCCUCUGCUAUGACCUGCAGGGACACCUCAUCACCAUGGAGCUGAGCAGCGGGGAGGAAAGCUAUGUAGCCUGUGAUAACUCUGGUACGCCACUGGCCAUCUUCAGUAGCUGAGGACAUAUUGUCAAGGAGAUGCUCUACACCCCUUACAGUGACAAUUACCAAGACUCAAACCCCUCCUUUUAGCUGAUCACCGGGUUCCAGGGCGGUCUCUAUGACCCGCUAACCAAGCUGGUCCACCUGGGGAGGAGGGACUAUGUA